AUAUAGUAAUAUAUAUUAUAUAGUAAUUUGUAUUUUGUAAAAUUGUACGUCCUGUAAAGAAUAGAAUGAUGAGCAUCUCCAUUGAAUAUUGAUCAAGAUUUAAUACAAAUUGAAUGAUUUAAAUAUUCAAUCGUCCGUCUUUACUUAGUCACUUGCCCGUGUUAAAUGAUAACAAUUGUGUACCGUUACAUGUAGUGCAGUUCAGACUAUCCACAGCGUAUUGCAAAACAGCAUUAAAUAAAAUUUGGUUCUUAUUAAAAUAAUUUUAGAAAAAUGUCUGCUGAAGACGUUCUAUUCGAUAUGUUACACUCGGAAAUUGUAUCGUACUUAGUGCCCAAGUCCUCCGAGGAUGAAGAUUUAUCGAUAUUGGAACACUUGGGUUAUUCAUGUGGUUGGCGACUGAUUGAAAGAAUAACAAAAGAACUGCCAAGGUACAAAGAAGAGCUAGAAGUUUUAAAAUUUAUAUGUACAGACUUUUGGUCAUGCGUGUAUAAAAAGCAGGUGGAUAAUUUACGAACCAAUCAUCAAGGUGUCUAUGUAUUACAUGACAACGAGUUUCGCUUUUUCAGCAAACUGUCAAAUGGAACGCAGUACCUUAAAUCUGCACCCAAAUAUGCUACGUUUACAUGUGGUCUAAUUCGAGGAGCUCUAGAAAAUUUUGGAAUUUCAAGCAUUGUAACAGUUGAAAUAAUUAGAAUGCCGUCAUGUAAAUUCCACAUACAAGUUCUUCCAUCUUCAUCUUAAUAAUUAUCAUAUUUUUUAUGUGUGACUUCAUGAAAAAUCAAUAUUAAUGAUUAUAUUUAAUUAUCAAAUUUAUAAAACAUUUCAUUUUAGAAUUCAAUCCAAUGGUUUUCCUGUACUUCUAAUACAAAUAAUUAUUAUUCUAUUAAAUGUAAAAUAAUAAUAAUAAAUAUAUUUAAUUGUUUAAAUUUAGUAA